UAAAAUGUUGACAAAAGUCGGACUUUUGGUACAUUAAACAUGGAUGGAACUGCAAGUGGAACGGCAGAACCUCAAGAGACCGACGGCACACAGAAUAGACACAAGGAUGAAGUGGACAGGGUCUCGGAUGAGGAUGGGCCUGUGUCUGAGGCUCCUGUGGAAGGGGACGUGGAGGCUGGAGCACAAAACUCCAGAGACAGCCUCAAACUGGACUGCAUCAUCUGCUACAGUGCGUAUAAUCGGGGAGAGAGACUCCCCCGCAAACUCUACUGUGGUCACACGUUUUGCCAGGCCUGUCUGAAGCGGCUGGACACCCUCAUCAAUGAGCAGAUGUGGAUCCCCUGUCCACAGUGCCGGCAGAACACUCCUCUACCUCGCGGGGGCGCCACUGGUCUAGACCUAGACCUGGCAGCUUUUCUGGGUGUUAAAGCUGAAGUGGAAAACCAGCGAACCUACAGCCAGAAAGCACCGCUGGAGACCAAGCCCUCCUUUAUAAAGCAGCCAAUCACAGAUCAGCCACCCUCAGCAUGGGCCAAUGUGGCAGUGGCAGAGCAUCGCUUCCACAGAAGCCCUUGUUGCAAACACUGCUUGCUCUGCUGCUGGUGGUGUUAGAUUCACGUACAUUACGUACAAAAACAUUUUACAGUGGAUAUCCCACUGUCUGGAAACCACAGUAUCCUUUACAGAAUUACCUGGGACAAUAAAAUACAUUUUAUUUGGAUACCCAGUGGAUCAGUAAAUGUCAAAUUCUGCAAAACUCAGUGAUCAAAAUGGAAUAGGAUACAUGGACAUGAGAGACAAU